GUCCAAAGGGCGGAGCAUGUGAUCAGUUUUACUCUUUGGAUAAUCUUCUCUCCAUUCAUUCAUCUUAGGGACCUGAUUGAAAGAGAAGCUACGGAAAGAAUGGAAAGCCUCACUGGGAUCACUGGCGGAAUUUUCUUCUUUUCCGGAACACUUCACAGCCACUCUAGGUUUGAAUCUGCUCGGAAAUGCCAACUUGGUCGUGCCUUGAUACCUACGGGCAUGGAACCCUGUUUGUAGGGACAUUUCAUGGGAGCGAUGUUCCUAACCUCUUUGAGAUUACGCAGGGAGAGCCACAGAAUUCGACACAGUCGUACUAUAUCUCGGUUGUAUAUACAAUGAAUCCGAAUGUGGACACGAAUGUGUCGUUGCCUAGAUGGCCACAGUGGGCACAGUGGGGAGAAAACGAGGAGUUGCUCCAAUUUGGAGCGGAGGAGAAUGAGGUGGUGACGGACACAUUUGGGCAGGAGAGCUUUGAGGUGAUUCAGGAGAAGCUUACAGAGCUGAGAUUGUGAAGAGAUUGCUUUUCCAAUUGUUUUUCGCUGACGUACCGCGUACCUCAAGGUGUACAUCCGCAUAAAGUAAAUGAG